CUCUCCAUUUCCAUCCAGCACCCUGAACUGAGCACCGUCUCUGCCUUCAACACAAACCUUUUGUAAACCAUUUGUAAAACUUAUCUAUUGUAUAUCUUUGUCUCAAUAUCUCUGUCUCCUCAUUAUAACGUGAACAAUUACAUCAGACACGUCUUCAGCUCUACAGCACAGUUUCAAGUCCAACUUCUUCUGUGAAACACAAACUGCUCUUUGUCACUUUCAAGGCUCUUCUCUGAGCUGAGAUGAACCGACAAAGAAAACAGCAGUUUGGUGCUGCCCUGUACAGCCCAGCUCAGUACUGGCCACCUGCAGUGCAGCUGCACAUUGAGCAGCAAAAUGCAAUAGUACAAGGCCUCAGAGACGCCCUGCUCUCUGCAAUCAAUGAGAUCAAGUCUCUAAAGGAGGAGAACACAUCUCUGAAGGACAAAAUGGACCUGCAGCAAAAUGAAUGGAGGCAGGUGGAGAGCCAGCUUCAAGAGGAGCUUCGUCAGAAAGACGAGCUCCUCAAAAGAACCAUCAAGAAAAGGCAGGCUCGCACAAAGGCCCACGCUGACGUCCUGGCCCUGCUCAGUCAGAAAGAGGCUGAGAUGGACAGCAGAAAGGAGGAGUGGAAGGCCAGGUGUGGAGCACUGGAGGUGAGCCUGCAGGAGCGGGUUCAGAGAGAGGAGGACUGGAGCAGGAAAGUGGAGGAGGCAGAGCUGGAGGAGAAACUGGCUCAGAAGGAACAGGAGGAGAGAAACAUUAAAAAUGAGGAGGAGGACAAGAAUCAAAAGGACAAAAUGAUCCUGCAGCAAAGUGAAUGGAGGCAGGUGAAGAGCCAGCACCAAGAGGAGCUCAGUCAGAAAGACAAGCUACUCAAAAGGAGCAUCAAGAAAAGGCAGGCUCGCACAAAGGCCCACAUUGACGUCCUGGCCUUGCUCGCCCACAAAGAGGCUGAGCUGGAGAGCAGAGAGGAGGAGUGGAAGGCCAGGUGUGGAGCACUGGAGAUGAGCCUGCAGGAGCUGGUUCAGAGAGAGGAGGACUGGAGCAGGAAAGUGGAGGAGGCAGAGCUGGUGGAGAAACUGGCUCGGAAGGAAUGGGAGGAGAAAAUUAUUAAGAACAAGGAUGAGGAGAAUAAGAGUCAGAAGGAACAUGGGGAGAGAAACGUUCAAAAGGAAGCAAAGAACAAGAACUGAUGAUGAACUAAUGACUGAGAGAAAAGAGAAUAAGCAAAAGAAGAAGAGGGGGGAGAAAGAGAAGAACAGGGGUAAGCUACAGCGCAACAUCCCUCUUCCUGAUCACCCCACCCGGUUUCCCCUUUCUCCCUUCUUACCCACUCCCCACUUCCCCA